AUGAAACAUCGCAUCCUGGAGUCGAUAUGUUUAGCAGAAGCUUGCCGUUUUGUAGUACUUGUAGGCGUUUGUUACCUGGCGAGGGAGUACACAAUCUUACCAGCAAUUGCUCUCCAGAUGAUGCAGUGCAGCUACCCAUGCUGUAUUUUGAUGCCUGGCUUUCCAAUCAGUUGUGCAAAGUUUGGUCAACCUCCAUGGACCCUAUGGGAAGUGGAUGAAGAGCUGCGACUGGCGGAGUCUUUUUUGUGUUCGAGUCAACUCAUUUUUUUUGAACUGAAUAAUCAUAAUCGAUACAACUCGUACUUGAAGAACAGCAUGGCAUGUCUGCAUCGGGGCCAGAUUGCAUUGAAAUGA